AUGAGGCUGAAUAUGGACGCUGAGCGUCUGCGGAUGUUUGAGACCAUCUCCGCGCGCAUGGGCGUCGUUUGGCGGGAGGACUCCCAUUGCAUGGGCGCUGGACCGCUCGAGCUUAUUCUCACAACCAUGAUUAACGAUUUCCCUCCUCUCAAUGUCAACACAUCACUGGCGCCUAGAACAUCGAGGAACGAGCAUGAAUGCCUUACGACGACAUGCAUUCGAACCAGCGGUCAACGCGGCCUGAGCUCCAAUCAGGCACUAAAAACGAACUCCGACCGACCAAGUGAUCAGAUCAGGAAGCUCUGUAAAGCCGAUAGAUGGCCUCGGUUCGAGAGCUUCGUGCGUCAGCAUGGCGAUAUGGGAGGUCCGGAGGCCAUUCCUUCUCAACCCAUCAAACACCUCCAACUACAUAAUUUCCACAUCCACCUCCACUCCCUAAAUUCACAUCUCAAUCCAUGGGCUGCUCACCAUCAACAAUGGGAACCGACGCGGACGGAAACAAAAAUUGCAUCUACCACCCACACCCAAAAAUCCUCCUCCUCAAACAACCCACGAAAACCCUCCUCUUCUUCUACAAUCGAUACCUCCUCUCCAUCCUCUUUCCGAAUGCCAUACAUCCACCGCUUACCAACCUACCACCAGGUACACGCUGCACCAACUGCAACCACAGCAGCAACUGCAUCGACAGCAACAACCUCUCCAACUGCAGUAACUAAAAAACCUGCGAGUAGAGAUUUCUACCAUCAAACUUCCCUGGCAUUCCUCUUCCUCGGAUAUUGUUUUUUUUCGCGCCUGCGAUGUUUGAAACCACCCUCGCUAACUAAUCACGCUCUGGGAGGCAUCGAUUGCACGGACUGCGACAAUUGUAGCAAUUGCAAGGAUUGCAGUGGUUUGAGGAAUGAAAGUAAUCGGAGUGGGGUUCAUCAGGGGAAAGAAAAGGUGAUAGGCGGUAAUGAUGAAGCAGCACCACCCCCACCGCCGUAUUCUGAGGGCGAAGGGAGGAAAAUCGUGAAUGUGGCGACUACUACGAAAGUCGUUCUUGGAUGGAUGGGAUAUGUGGUUGGUGAGAUGAUGAAUUUGUUGGGAUGA